GGCUCUUCACUACUACGAAUUUGGCCAUGUAUUAAAAUUAAUGAAGAUGAAUUUAGCUUUGUACCCACUCACCUGAAUGAAUGUUUUGAACUCAUACCAAUUCAGCUAACAACCGAAAAACAAAAGCAUCUUGCCUUCCUAGACCCGACAACAAUGAUAAUUCAGCCAACUUCAAGAAAAGCACCCUGUACUCAAUUUCAAAGAAUAACUUUAGAAUUAGACAAUAAAGUUAUUGAGAUUGACCAAAUUACUGGGGAAGUAACCAAGCUCCUUCCUAGGGCAAUGAAAACCAAGGAACUAAGGGCAUUUGAUAUACCAGAAAUUAAGGCCCAUUCCUUUCACCAACUAAUUCUAGUGAACUUAACAGAUCUUAACACGCACACAUUCAUGACUAAUUUAGUUAAAGUAAGUGAACUUUCCUACAGACUUGAAAAUAAGGACAUGGUUAUUACUAAAACUUUAUCUGAACAGUGGAAAGAAGCUGGUGACAGUCUGACAAAAGAAAUAAUUGGGGAUUACACUUGGGCUUGGAAAAUAAUAGUAACCAUCUUUAUAUCAAUUCUAACCCUUGACCUAGCAAUCAGGUGGGGACUGAAGAUUUUAGAAGUUUAUUUAGGUGAAGGACAAUUAGGCAGAAUGUUAUUUAGUAGGACUACUCCCACUGUUAAUCAAGUUCAAAAAUUUGUAGAACAAAAUCCACAGAAAGAAAAAGUGAACGAAGUUAAACCUGAACCUAAGUCAUGGAUUCCUAAAGUUUCUAGAUUUCCGAGUCCAGACACAAGUCAAGAGGUCAUAAAUAUGCUAACCGUAGAUCCUCUACCAAAAUUUAGGGCUUCGGCCUCAAACAACCAAAUAAACUUUACUUACCCAAGUACUGCAGUAACAAGAAUUAAAAUAAAUAAUCAACCAAUAAAUUGUUUAGUAGACACUGGGGCAAGCAUCUCUAUCGCUCCUCUAUCACUCGCCAAAUUUUUAAAUGCAAACAUCGAACCCACAAGCAUAAGCAUAACUUCUGCCUCAGGACAUGAGAUUUCAGCGAACGCACAAAUGCAAGUAUUUUUGGAUUUAGGUGGACACAAACAGACCGCAAACAUUAAUUUAGAUGUGACUUAUUGA